AUGGCUUCCGACUUUCCCUACGUGAAGAAGAUGACCCCCGAGGGCCAUGUUUUUCCGUCUCAAAGGCUGCGCCGAAUUUGCGACCCCGAUAGAACUCCCUUGGUUCUAGUUGCUUGUGGUUCAUUCUCUCCUAUCACAUUUCUCCAUCUGCGCAUGUUUCCUAUGGCGCGCGACCAUGCUCGCGGUGAAGGUGUGUCCCACACCGGAUCUGUUCGAAACCUCUGGAAAUCCUCGCCGGACUAUGUAACUUACCAAUAUGGUUGCGCAACGUCAACGGGAUUCCAUGUCAUUGGAGGAUAUCUCUCACCAGUGUCAGACGCCUAUAAGAAAAAGGGUCUUGUUCCCGCGCACCACCGUAUCCAGCUGUGCGACUAA